AUGGGAAAACUCGACGGUUUGAGCGAGCUGCAGAGACGAAAACGCGCGACGCUGGCGCGGAUCGAGGCGAGCGCGCGCGAUGGAGAGACGCUCCGACGACGGGUGAAGGAGCUCGAACAACGCGUGGCGCGGGACCGCGAGCGCGUCAAGGCGUACGACAAAGUCAUUCAAGAGGGUGAAUCAUCGCUCGAUCGCAUACUCGAGAGCUCUGAAUUUUUGUUGAGCGCGCUCGCUCGCGAGACGCAAACGUUCGAGGACGACGAGGACGACGUGGAGGAAUGA